UUUUUUUUUUUUGAGACAGGGUCUUGCUCUAUCAGCCAGGCUGGAGUAUAGCAGCAUGAUCAUGGCUUAAUGUGGCCUUGAACUCCUGGGAUCAAGUGAUCGUUCCACCUCAGCCUCCCUCAUGACUAGCUAGGACUAAAGGCAUGUACCAUUACGACUGGUACAUGUUUAAAUUUUUAUUUUUUGUAGUGAUGGGGUCUCAAUAUGUUGCUCAGGCUGGUCGCGAUCUCCUGGGCUCAAGCAAUCCGCCGGCCUCAGCCUCCCAAAGUCUUGGGAUUACAGUGUGAGCCACCACAUCUGGCCUGCAAAGGCUAAUUCUGAUUGCAGGCCCUCUGAACAGUCAUCUCAAAAUAUGUCAAAGAAGUAUAUUUUGGUGUGAAAUAUUUUGAUUUCCUUCAAAGCCAUUGUAGGGUUAAUAAUUGGCCUAAUUUCAAUAUUGCUGUUUAUUGGGAAAUAGGGAGGCCCAAGGGGGAGAAGGGUGGGAAAAUGGGCAGUUGGUGGAGUAGUCAGAACACACAUAACAUUUAUUAAGUUUGCCUUCCUAUAUGAGUGCAGUACAUGGCACCUGUAUUAGUCCAUUUUCAUGGUGCUGAUAAAGACAUACCUGAGACUGGGAAGAAAAAGAAGUUUAAUUGGACCUACAGUUCCACAUGGCUGGGGAGGCCUCAGAAUCAUGGCGGGAGGUGAAAGGUACUUCUUACAUGGCUGCAGCAAGAGAAAAAUGAGGAAGAAGCAAAAGCGGAAACGCUGGAUAAACCCAUCGGAUUUCAUGAGACUUAUUCACUAUCAUGAGAAUAGCACAGGAAAGACCGGCCCCCAUGAUUCAAUUAUCUCCCCCUAGGUCUCUCCCUCAACACGUGGGAAUUCUGGGAGAUACAAUUCAAGUUGAGAUUUGGGUGGGGACAUAGCCAAACCAUAUCAGCACCCCAAAACAAUUACCAUAGUAACAUCGAAGAUCAUUGAUCACAAAGCACAAUACCAGAUAUAAUAAUGAUGAACAAAUUUAAAUAUUGCAAAAAGUAUUGAAUAUUAUGUGACACAGAGACAUAAAGUGAGCACAUGCUGUUGGAAAAAUGGCACCAAUAGAUGUGCUUGAGGCAAGGUUGCCACAAACCUUCAAUUUGUAAAAAAACAAACAAAAAAAAACAAAAGCAAUGUCUGUGAAGAGCAAUAAAGCAAAUCACAAUAAAACGAGGCAUGCUGUUAUCAUCUAACAGGCACGUUUUGGUUUCAAAAAAAACUGGACAUGUAUUAAGAUCUAAUAUGUAUUUUACCAUCCAGGAAUUUUCUCAAGAUUGUAUUGCAGAAAAUUUUAAAACCAGUUAUUCUACUCUAAUACAGUUACUUAUUUUUCUUCAAUAUCACUUCUUUUCCAAGUAUGUCUCUCUUGGACAUGGUUUUAAUCAUUUGCCAUACAAAGAGACAUAGGCUUAAUUUAUAGCAGCCCUGAGUUAACAAAAAGAGAUAAUCCUGUUCGCUUAUUUGAUAAUCCAGCUGAACCUGAAGUACUGAUUUCAGCCUGUUCAUCACUUGAAUGGGCUGCCGUGGUUAGAGGGUUUCCAACACAGCUACUGGAAGACUUUUAAAAGGUAAUGCUGGCCGGGCGCGGUGGCUCACGCUUGUAAUCCCAGCACUUUGGGAGGCCGAGGCGGGCGGAUCACGAGGUCAGGAGAUCGAGACCAUGGUGAAACCCCGUCUCUACUAAAAAUACAAAAAAUUAGCCGGGCGUGGUGGCGGGCGCCUGUAGUCCCAGCUACUCGGAGAGGCUGAGGCAGGAGAAUGGCGUGAACCCGGGAGGCGGAGCUUGCAGUGAGCCGAGAUCGCGCCACUGCACUCCAGCCUGGGCGACAGAGCGAGACUCUGUCCCAAAAAAAAAAAAAAAAAAAAAAAAAAAAGGUAAUGCUGUGAUCCAUGCAGCCAGGAAGGGGUUGGUCCUUCAUAACUCUGCAAUCCUCUGGGCCCAGUUUUCUUUUUCCUCUGCCGGUUGAUGACACUAGGCCCAUUGGUGGUACGGCUUUGGGUUUCCCUCUGUCUCAAGGUCUCAGUCAGGGUGGGCGAAGUGGAAGAACAAGCCUUCUUGCAGACCACUGGUUGGUUGGCAGCCUUUGCCAUAGCUAAUCUGGUUGUUUUCAGGUCAGUGACAGUUAGGAGCGGGUUCGUUUGCUUUCAGAAUCCAUCUCCCCGUUCCUCUCAGGGUUCUUUGCCCCAAAGGACUUUGCCCUUCCUUACGCAGUGGACACCUUAGCACCCUCUGCAAACAGACAGUCCCGCAGAGGCCCUCGACCGAGUGUCACUCCAUCUGUUUCGCGCUCCCAGGACAGGUGUAGCAGAAAGCAGUGCCCCAGGCCUCCACGCGACGGUGAAGCAGGAACCAGGGGCUGCCAGCAGAGCAGCCCAGGUGCGUCGCCUUAGGGACAGAGCUGCCAAGUGCCGAGCUGGGGCUGCCAGAGCCGAGCUGGGAACGGCAUUUCCCGGAGCCGAGGCGGAAGCCGGAGCAUUUGGGGGACGGGACCGCGGGAACCCGGAAACGCCUGGGCUGCACCGAGCUGGCGGUGGCUACGGCGACGGGAGCCGGCGGCGCUGCAGGUCAGCGGUCGCGUAGGACCCAGCGGACUCGGCAGCCUGGGGCGCCCGGCGGAGCUGAACCGCGGCCCCCGGUGGUGGGCUCAGCCGGUCGAGCUGCGCGGGAGGCAAAUGAAGAUAAAACAAUGUCCGCCAACCUAAAAUACGUUUCCCUGGGAAUUUUGGUCUUUCAGACUACCAGUUUGGUUCUAACAAUGCGUUAUUCCAGAACUUUAAAAGAAGAAGGACCUCGUUAUCUAUCUUCUACAGCAGUGGUUGUUGCUGAACUUUUGAAGAUAAUGGCCUGCAUUUUAUUGGUCUACAAAGACAGCAAAUGUAGUCUAAGAGCACUGAAUCGAGUACUACAUGAUGAAAUUCUCAAUAAACCUAUGGAAACACUUAAACUUGCUAUUCCAUCAGGGAUCUAUACUCUUCAGAAUAAUUUACUGUAUGUGGCACUAUCAAAUCUAGAUGCAGCUACUUAUCAGGUCACGUAUCAGUUGAAAAUUCUUACAACAGCAUUAUUUUCUGUGUCUAUGCUUAGUAAAAAAUUGGGUGUAUACCAGUGGCUGUCCCUAGUAAUUUUGAUGACAGGAGUUGCUUUUGUACAGUGGCCCUCAGAUUCUCAGCUUGAUUCUAAGAAACUUUCAGCUGGUUCUCAAUUUGUAGGACUCAUGGCAGUUCUCACAGCAUGUUUUUCAAGUGGCUUUGCUGGGGUUUACUUUGAGAAAAUCUUAAAAGAAACAAAACAAUCAGUGUGGAUAAGAAAUAUUCAGCUUGGUUUCUUUGGAAGUAUAUUUGGAUUAAUGGGUGUGUACAUUUAUGAUGGAGAACUGGUAUCAAAGAAUGGAUUUUUUCAGGGAUAUAACCGACUGACCUGGAUAGUAGUUGUUCUUCAGGCACUUGGAGGCCUUGUAAUAGCUGCUGUUAUUAAGUAUGCAGAUAAUAUUUUAAAAGGAUUUGCAACCUCUUUAUCGAUAAUAUUAUCAACAUUGAUCUCCUAUUUUUGGCUUCAAGAUUUUGUGCCAACCAGUGUCUUUUUCCUUGGAGCCAUCCUUGUAAUAACAGCUACUUUUUUAUAUGGUUAUGAUCCCAAACCUGCAGGAAAUCCCACUAAAGCAUAGUUGUAUACUGUCUUUAACUGGUUUUUCACGAUGGUGCACUAGGAAUCUCGACAUUAAUCUUGCACAGAGGACUUCUACAGAGUCUGUGAAGAUAUCAUCGUGCUGAAUCUGAUCAUACUGUUUUUUAAAAGUUUAAGGAUAAAAUAUGUAUAUAUAUAACAAAACACAUUGCAUCUAGAAAUCAAAACUUGAAAGUAUUUCCAGGGAUUAGAAUUGGAAGGAAUAUUAGAGGAAACUUGAAAUCUGAGUUUAAAAAGAUUUUACUUUUUUGAUUGCUGCAGAAAUGUCCUAUGCACUCUUUGCAAGAGCACACAACAAAUGUCAGAUACCAAUUUUUGCAAAUUAGAUUUAAUCUUAUUAAAUGUUUUUAUCUUACUCUUUCUGUACAGAUAUAUCAAAUCACAUGAAAUAUUUAAAGUUUGAAAAUUAUAAUUACCUAUAAAGCUGUGAAAAAAUAGAAGUAUAAUUUGAAAAAAACAUUUCACUUACCAGAGAUUUUUAUAUUUAUACAAAAGAUUACUAAAUGAAGGAUUGCUAAAUGUUUUUUGUUCAAUUAUAUAAAAAUUAAUAAAGUAAUAUUCCGGGUCUGAUUUGUCAGAGAAUAAAUAUCAAAUCUAAAUUUAAUGUAGAGAUACAUACUAUUUCUCCAUAUUAAUUUUAAGAUAUUUUAGUGCUUCAAGACUGCUGAAAGCAAUCCAGUUGCUCCUGUGCUAGAUGGUAGCCAGAGAAUUUUAUAGUAAUGGAGGUUAGCCCUUAAUCUCUUCAUUGCAUUUCAUUUCUGUAAAUCAGAUUAAAUCCUUAAUAUUAUUUUAAAUUUGUGUGUAAUUGCCAUUAAAUUUUCAAAAUGUAAUUUAAAAGGAUUAAAAACUCAUUUAAUAAUUUAAAAUAAUUAUUGUAUAGUAUCUACAUUUGGAGAACUUUGAACUAUCAAGCAUAUACUGUACACAGUUAGAAAGUUAUUAAAUGAACAUUUUACUCA